CGCACCACGUUGUACCUGCUCAGGCGGCUGCUUCCUGGAGCUGGAUUCUGCCUCAUUUCAUUCUGCUCAGCCUGUGUCAGACUCAGAGCCGGCAGAAAUCUCUAAAAACACCCUCGGAUUCCGAGUCGCAGCGCCCUCGGACAAGAUUAUGUCCCCAGCCAGGCCCUGCUGGCCCUUUAGCGGAGCCAACCGGAGUGGCUGAUGGGGCUCAGAAAGGCAGUAAUCUCUUUUGAGCCCUGAGCCUGCCGCAGCCCGGGCGCUGCGGGGGACAGCUGGCAGCCUCCGUGUGCCUUUUCCAUUCAUGUGCCCGAUUGUCUUUUUAUCUCACGGAGUGCCUCUAGCGCGCUGUUUCCUGUAAGAGCCGGGCCAGCUCGAAUUGGCCAAGACGCAGUGCGCAGCCCCGCUUCCGGAGCGCUGGGCUGUGCCAGGGUCGGGAGGCUUGACCUUGUCUCUGACUCCCGGCGCGUGAGGCCUGCGAGCUGGGGUGGUUAAGGCAUCAGGCCUUGGUUUCCCAGCUGUAGGAUGAAGGGGCGCGGUGGGGAGUCCCCUGUGUGGGGUGCACCGUGGGUGAAGGGCUGUGAUUCCUGCCGGAGGCUUGGCUGGUGUGGAGGCGCGACCCUGCCCUCUGCGGCCGGUCACUGCAGCGGGGCUUCUUCAGCUCGGGCCGCUGCAGACAGCAAAGUCCUGACGUGCGCUGCGGUGUGGAGGAUGCCUGCGGAGCUGGAGCCCGGCGGCCACGAGUCCCCUGAGGACGCAGCCAGCCCUGCGCACGCCCUGGAGCUGCUCUGCCACCUGGACCACCCGGCCCGCGGCAGCACCGCCUGUGUCGCGUGGGAGCCCGCGGGGGACGGGAAGAGAGUCAUCUCGUUGGCCGACAACCACCUCCUGCUGUGGGACCUGCAGGAGAGCUCCAGCCAGGCUCUGCUGGCCAGCUCGGCGUCCCUGGAAGGGAAGGGACAGCUGAAGUUCACGACGGGACGGUGGAGCCCGCAUCACAGCUGCACCCAGGUGGCCACAGCGAACGACACGGCCGUCCGGGGGUGGGACACGCGGACCAUGAGCCAGAUCUACUGCAUCGAGAAUGCGCACGGCCAGCUGGUACGGGACCUGGACUUCAACCCCAACAAGCAGUACUGCCUGGCCAGCUGCGGGGACGACUGCAGGGUGAAGUUCUGGGACACCCGCAAGGUCACGGAGCCCGUGAGGACCCUGGAGGAGCACUCGCACUGGGUGUGGAACGUGCGCUACAACCACUCGCACGACCAGCUCGUCCUCACGGCCAGCAGCGACAGCAGGGUCAUCCUGUCCAACAUGGCGUCCAUCUCCUCCGAGCCCUUCGGCCACCUGGUGGACGACGACGACCUGAGCGACCAGGAGGAGCGCCGUCCAGAGGAGAAGAGCCAGGAGCCCCCGCAGGACAGCGUCAUCGCCACCUAUGAGGAGCACGAGGACAGCGUGUACGCCGUGGAGUGGGCCGCGGCCGACCCCUGGCUGUUCGCCUCCCUGAGCUACGACGGGAGGCUCGUCGUCAACAGGGUGCCCAGGGCGCUGAAGUACCGCAUCCUGCUCUGACCGUGGGCAGCCCGGCCGGGAGUCACGGCGGGGCCUCUGCCAGCCGACCCGACAGCUCGGGCCCGGCGGCCUGGGCCCUGGCCCCGCGGCUGCCUGCCUGUCCCCUCUCCUUCAAGGAUGUCGGGCGUGUCACUCUAAUUGUUGCAGCUGUAGCGACUCGUCUGUGUCUUGAAAUUAAAAAUGAAACAAAAGGAGCAGGCCGCUGCUCGGCUCCGGCUCGGUCUUGGCGGCUCUGUCCC